AUGAGUGAAGAGCCGAUAUCAGAAACCUCGUCAUCUUCGUCCUUCGUGCCUGUUGAUCAGGUUCAUGUGCAGGAUGCGAUUCAGGUCAUUGACGAAAACAAGAAGUUCAAUAAUGCCAUACUAGACUACGUCAGCAAAACAUCACUGGCAAACGUUGGUCACAACUAUCAUAUCGUAGCAGUAUUUGGAUCACAAUCAACUGGUAAAUCAACAUUGUUGAACAACUUAUUCAACACUAAUUUUGAUGUCAUGAAUGAACACAGCAGGCAACAGACAACAAAAGGUAUUUGGUUGGCAUAUUCACCGGGUGUUUCAUCAACUUCGGGACACGUUUCUACAAAGUCGAAUAUUCUCGUUAUGGAUGUUGAAGGAACAGAUGGAAGAGAAAGAGGCGAAGACCAAGAUUUUGAAAGAAAGGCUGCAUUAUUUGCUUUAUCCACGUCGGAAGUUUUGAUUCUCAAUAUUUGGGAAAAUCAAGUUGGGCUUUACCAAGGUGCCAAUCUAGGAUUAUUGAAAACAGUGUUUGAAGUUAACAUGACCUUGUUUGGGAAAAGCAAGUUGAAUUCCAAUAAUGACCACAAGGUGUUGUUGUUGAUUGUCAUUCGAGACCAUGUAGGGGCAACUCCAGUUGAAAGUUUGGCCGAAACGGUUACUGAGGAUUUGAAAAAGAUUUGGGACUCAUUGCUGAAGCCAGGCGAAUUGGGCCAUUUGAAGUUUGAGGAUUUUUUCGAUUUGGAUUUCCAUGCAUUGAAUCAUAAAAUUUUGCAACCCAAAGAGUUCUCCGAAGGUAUCGGUAAACUUGGUGACAGAUUAGUAAAAGAAAACGGCCUUUUCAAACCAGAAUAUCACCACAAUAUUCCCGUUGAGGGCUGGACUUUAUAUGCUGAGAAAUGCUGGGAACAGAUUGAAAAUAAUAAGGACUUGGAUUUACCAACGCAACAGAUUUUAGUUGCACAAUUCAAGUGUGAUGAGAUUGUUGAACAGACAUACCAAGAUUUCUUGAAGAAAUUUAAUGAGUUGUUUAAAGAGGUUGAAAAGGAUCCAUCUUAUGAUGAUAUUGGGGCUGUUUUUGCGGAUUUAAAGCUGGAUGUUCUUGAGGAGUACGACCACGCUGCAGCCAAAUAUAACAAGUCGGUUUACGAACAGAAACGUCUCAAGUUGGAAUCGUUGGUGCACUCAAAAUUCAAAGAAUUGUUUGAUUUGUAUGCCAAACAGUUAGUUGAUACUACAACGGCUUCCUUUAGACUGGAGUUAGCAGCAUUAAAAGGAAAAGAUUUUGUUCAACAAUGUCAAGCUUUAUCCACCAGGGCUAUAAGUGUGAUUAAUUCAAGUUUGGGCUUAAUCUCAUUGAACGGAGUGUUUGCAUAUGAUGAUACAAUAGAGCAAGUGAAGAAAGAGAUUGCCACCACUAUUGCUAAACAACAAAAGAUUGAAUUGGAUAGUAUCGUCAAUAAGGCUACCAAAAGAUUGUCCACGAAUUUGUCUAAAACAAUUCAAUUUGAGCUUAAUGAUCCUAGUGACUCUACUUGGGAUAAUACCUUAAAACAGUUUGACUCUUUUGUCAACGAGUUUACCUCAAGGUAUGAUGGUGACUUUGGGCUAAAUACUUCCGCAAAAGACAAUGAGGAGGCUAUCAAGAAAUUCAAAUUCAAAUCAUGGAACAGUUUUUACGAACUUAUCCAUAAGUUCAUUUAUAAAGAGAGGGUUCUUGAUAUUCUACAAACAAGAUUCGAUGACAAGUUCAGAUAUGAUGCAAAUGGAUUACCAAGAUUGUAUCAAGAUGCAAGGGAGUUGGAAACUAAUUUUGCCAUUGCUAAAGAGCACGCUUUAGCAGUUUUGCCAAUUCUCACAAUUGCUAAACUCAGUGAUGAUUCCGAAAUUGUACCAGGCAUGGACAUCUUUAAUCCAAAAUUGAGAUCACAAUACUUGAAUAUCAAGGCGAGUCAGAGCGAUGACGAAGAUGAUGACGCAGGCGAGGAGGAGUCCCAUUCAUUUGCUGAUAUUAUCAACGAAUUGGAAAAGGCACAAAUCUUGUCAAAAUUCAAGAAAGAAGUAGAUGCCAAGUUUGUGGAGACAAAGCGCUCCAUUGUUCAGCAUGUCACGCAAAUUCCAUACUACGUUUAUCUCAUCAUCAUUACAUUGGGAUGGAAUGAAUUCAUGGCAGUGAUACGCAACCCAUUUACCUUUGCUCUCGCCAUUGUGUUGGGUGCGUCAAUCUACAUUUUGUACACCUUGAACUUGUUGAAGCCAGCAAUUGCUGUUGGUCAAAGAUUAAUUGAUGACAUAGUGGUUAUUGCAAAAGAAAAGUUACGCGAGGUGUUGAUUGAUGACCAUGAGAUCCAAGCUCGUAAUCUUGACAAGAUGACGGGGAAGGUGAAACAUGCAAAUUUCGACGAUGAGAUAGAAAUGACAACAGUGCAACCGACUGUCAAGGAUGAGGGCGAUGAUGGAACUGAGUAG